AGCCAAUUUCUGCACCAAGACAACGACACCGACAUCCACCGCAUCCACCGCAUCCACCGCAUCCACCGCAUCCACCGCAUCCACCGCAUCCACCGCAUCCACCAACCCCGCUAUUUCUGCACCCACUUCCACUUUGUCCUUGAAUCGUCAACAUGUCUCCGCCCGCCAUGAGCUUCCAAGAGCCUGCCACAACCAGCAACGCCAACUACACUGUUCAAGCUUCAAAACUGGCUGCCCUGCCACACCACAACGCCCUACCAGUAAAUGGACUCACCAAGACUGCUACCAUCGACGACAUGGCUGGGCGUUGGAGCGACUUCUCGUUCGCUCCCAUUCGUGAAAGCCAGGUCAGCCGUGCCAUGACCAGGCGCUACUUUGCCGACCUCGACACGUACGCGGAAUCCGACGUUGUCAUUGUCGGUGCUGGCUCAUGUGGCCUGUCUACUGCCUACUGCCUGGCCAAGGCUCGUCCAGAUCUCAAGAUUGCAAUCAUCGAGGCCGGCGUUGCUCCAGGUGGUGGAGCGUGGCUCGGUGGUCAGCUCUUCUCCGCCAUGAUAAUGCGCAAGCCCGCUGAUGCUUUCCUACGCGACGUUGGCGUUCCCUACGAGGACGAAGGUCCGGACUCUGCUUUUGUUGUGGUCAAGCAUGCAGCCCUGUUCACGAGCACGCUCUUGUCCAAGGUGCUUCACUUUCCAAACGUCAAGCUUUUCAACGCUACCGCCGUUGAGGACUUGAUCACUCGCAAGAACGCCAAUGGCCACAUCCAGCUUGCUGGUGUCGUCACCAACUGGACUCUUGUCAGCAUGCACCACGAUGACCAAUCUUGCAUGGAUCCAAACACAAUCAAUGCGCCAGUCAUUGUCUCGACGACCGGACACGAUGGUCCAUUCGGAGCCUUCUCCGUCAAGCGCCUGGUCUCUAUGGGUGUCAUCCCAACUCUCGGAGGUAUGCGUGGUCUCGAUAUGAACACUGCCGAGGAUGCUAUCGUAAAGGGCACCCGUGAGAUCGCACCGGGUCUCGUUGUCGGAGGCAUGGAGCUGUCCGAAGUCGACGGAGCCAACCGCAUGGGGCCUACAUUUGGCGCUAUGGCACUUUCUGGUGUAAAGGCAGCUGAGGUCGUCCUUGAGAUCUUCGACCAGCGCAAGGCUGAGUGCAGCGACGGCGGAAAGUACUAGGCGAGCCUGGUGCAGGGUCCCGAAGCUUGAAAAUACUGUGAAACGAACGAGGGGGAUGAAGAAUGCUUGACGAUUGGACGAACUUAUGUUGCUCUGACGCUCGUUUACCUUGAACAGGCCGAAUACGAAGUACAGGAAACAACGAUGCAACAUCACACAUCG